AAUACUUUAUGCUGUUCUUUCUACUUCUGUGUCUAACUUUUUAACGUCCUCUUCUUCCAUCUCUAUUUAAUUCCACUUAACCUACUCAAAACCUAAUCUGAACGGUUGUCUUGCUCUGACCGUGGAAGAUAGACCUGCUCUUUUAAUAACUCUCUCUCUCUUCUGGAAAGUGAAUAAAUACUCUCUACAUCUUUAUCGACGUUUCUCCAACGGGCUCCUGUCCCAGCAGCUUGUGAGAUGGACUGAGAGUUUCUUCUCUUCUCCUCGCAGACAUUUCACCUGAUCCGCCCACCUGAGUGCUUUAUGAGUGAUGGUUAUCUCUCACUCUUAGAGUGGGUCUCGCUGUCACUGUGCUUGUGCAGCCGGGCUUCUCACGCUGCGAGACAGCAUCUUCUCCUCUGGAUGUUGAGUUCUCAACUCAUCACAUCUAAGACGGCAUAAAAAUGGUUCACGGUGGUGUUAACUUUCCCUCUGUAUUCGUUGUGGACAGCAAUGCGAGACCCCCUCCGCUGCCCCCCAAACCGGGUCGUAGGCAGAGGAGAGAGGUGGUCCAGACACUGCUGGUGAUUCUGGUGUUUGUAGCUCUGUUUGGCAUGGCAGUGGAGGCCUGUUUCAUCUAUUACCUUUACACAUCCAACGGAAAGCCUGCCCCUUCAAGUGAUCCACAGACUGCAAUGAGUAAACAAGAUAAAGAACAUAAGGUGCCCCCCAAACAAAAACCAAGUGGAGCCAUGAACCCAUCGAAACCAAUGGCACAGCUGACAACUGGUCAUACUGGAAUAGGAAUCAUGCUGUGGAACAUAAGCCAGGAAUCUAUCCUGUACCGUAUAAAACACAAGGAGAAAGAAGGCAAACUCAUCAUACAGCAGGAUGGAUACUAUUCCAUUUACUCCAAGAUCCACUUUGAGGAGACCAGCAUUUUCUUUACCCACUCUGUGGCCCGGACAUCACCUCGCUACGCAGGAGGAGAGAUGCUGCUUCUUCAGUCCAGCAGACUGCAUCCUAAACCCACGAGGACAGGAAUCCAGGACAACAGCUAUCUCAGCGGAGUGUUUAAUCUCUUCAAAGGUGAUGCGGUUUUUGUCAGGGUGAAAGGUUGUAAACCUGUGUUUUCAAAUUCAGCUGAGAACUACUUCGGAGUGUACAUGGUUUAAAUGACUUCUGCUAACAUACAGAAAAUGUGCAGAAUCCGUGCAGAGGCGGAUUUGACGAAAAAUGACAAGUGCAUGUUUUAUUUAAUGAACAUGCAAUAUAUAUUUUUUGUCAAGUUUUACACAGAGAAAUGGUUACAGAAAUCAAAACUUUGUCAAUGAAAAUAGCAUUUUAUAAGAAAUACCAGCAAUACAGCUCAUUGCUAGGCAAUUAUUAGAAGUACAUAUAUUUUAAUAUAAAAAAAACAUGUCAGUUUGAUCUUAAAGUCCCCGUGAACCGGAAGUUGCAAUCAUUUGUACUUCCAUAUUCUGAUGCAUUUCCAAGUAAAACAGAAUUUUCAUGCUUUCAUCUUUCUCUGCAAUUUGAUUGGAUGUAUAAAAACAGCCAUUGCGUUUUAAAAUGUUACUGGCUGCAGACUGACAGUUGAAGGGGAGGAGUUAACGGAUGCUCCGCCCAAGCCGUCUAACAGGAAGGAAGUGCAUUUUCAGAUUUUAACUAAAGAUUAUGAGGGCACACGAAUUAAAAAAAGAGAAUGACCCACAUUUUUAAACUAUUUACAAUAAACGCUGUGAUAUUUCAUGAAAAAAUAUGCAUUGUAAUAUUUUAUUUCACUGGGACUUUAAUGUCAGAUUCUUUGUGAAUGUAAUGUAUGUUUUGUAUUGAUGAUGGGGCACUUUAAUGUUUUAUUGCAGACAACAGUAACUGUAGCUCAUAAGGGAAAAUUCACAUGUGAAAGGACUUUUACACUGAACACAGUAGCAAUAUAUAUUAGAAAAUUUCAAAUUAUUGUAGUAACAUUAAAAGAAAAAAAAAGAAUAUGAUGCCUUUAAAAAGAUUUACAUAUGACAUCCGGACUCUUGGAUGGAAUUUUAAUUUCUUUAAAAAAAAAAAGCUUCUGCAGAAUACUGCAGUAUGAGUUUUACUGUUUUCUUUGUAAUAAACAGACUUUGUAAUGAAAAAUAAAAAUAUUCAGUUACAUUUAUAAAGAUAUGUUUGCAGUGGCUGUUCAACCCUGUUACAUUCAAAGUGUUUUAUAUAAAAUGUUAUGGAGGUCGGUGCAAAACUAGGUUUUAAAAACCACAACUAGAACAUUUCAUUGCAUCAUCUAUCCACACUGACAGAUAUUAGAAAAUAAUCCAUGAUAAUGUCAUACUGUAUUUGUGAUUCAAAACAUGAAAAUACUGUUUAUUUGGUAUUUUGCACAUGUAUUUUUACUAUUUAAAAUUGUGCCUAUUGUCUAUUUAAUUAAACUCAAUGUAAUUUUCCUAAGGUAUUUCUCAUAUGUAUCUUACAUUUGUUGUAAGAGUCAUGUGUUUAUGUUGAUCAUCUUGUCUGUGCAUCACCAACAUAAAUCCCUUGUAUAUUUACAGGAGUAGUUCACUCAACACAUGACCAUCCUGUCAUCAUACUGUAUAUUCAUCCUUGUGUCAUUGCUGAUCAGUAUGAUUUUUUUCUAGAGAUAAUUGGUAUCAGUUGAUAAAAGCAAUUUUGGUAAAAGCGGUUAUCGGCCGAUAGGUUAAAAACAGCCGAUGAUCGGGGCUGUCAAUCAAAAGAGGACAGGAAAAUGCAAAGAAUUUGUGCUCUGUAUAUAGAAAAUGUUAAGAAACAUCACCAGUUUGAUGUUCAAUGAUAAGAGUCAUUAUAUGAAUUAAUGACAUUCAAGUUAGGAAUAAUCGUAUCGCUGCAUCUCAAUUUUUUCCCUCUGUGAAAUACACAAGGAGAAUUUUGGAAAAAGCUUUUCUAAACAAUGACAGUUUAUAGUGGUCACGACUGUCACGCUCCCCAUGACUUUUGUGCUGUUUUUCAGCUUAGCGAAACUAACUAAAAUGUAAAAAGAUGUCGCUAGUAACCUCAAAGUCCGUUGACGGUAGUCGUUACACUCGGUGGCCAUGUUUGCAACACCUCUGGACAGUUAUUAUACAACAGUCCUAUCUCCUUGAAUGGUGGAAAGCAGAUAUUUCUAAGUUCACGAUAAAACACAGCUAUGACGAUUCUGUGUAUCGCUGCGCAGCACCCUUAGCAACCGUGCUUAGCAACAUAAACAAAACAUUCUGUUGCUGUUUACAGCCGAUCAGGGACUAUUUUGAUUCUUGCUUUUACUUCAUGAAGUUGCAUUGAUACAUAGUUUUUCGCUUUAUUCUCUUUAUUGUGUGUUAACCGUUUUCUAACAGCAAUAAUGUACUCGAGGCUAGUGCUUUAUUGUGAAUAAAUCACAGCUGAGGGGGUUGCAGGAACUCCAAAAAGAGUUGGUUUUCACACGCGCAUAACCAAAACAUUUUAUGGUUUCCGAAGUUUGAUUUUUGUCCUUUUGUUGGAUAGAAAACUUAGCGUCAAGAUCAUUAAAAAUAUUAUUUUAAGCAAUGACUGUUUGUUAAUAUUCUGUUGAAAAAACAUGUUUUGACGCGUGGUAGCUGGUUUAAGCCGGUCCCAGGUUGUUUAGGACCAGCACAUGACCAGCUUAAACCAGCUCAAACCAUCUUAAACCAGCUACCAUGCGUCGAAACCUGACCAGCAUACGCUGUUUUUUUCAACAGGGAAUAUUUCCUAAUCACUUUAUGUUAAUUGUGCAUUUCUUAAACGAAUGGUUUGGAUAAACUGUUGUUUGUUUAAUUUGACGCAUUCUCAAAUCAAAAUAAAGCUAUUA